AGUGCAGAUAUGGCCAAUGUUAGGGAUAAUUCAGUCUACCUGCUAGUAUGAUUGACCAUCAUAUACCCUUUACUUUUAUGCUGGGGUUCAAGCACCUGGUGACUCAACAGAGGAAGCUCUGCUCUUGGCCCGUUUCAGGACAUAGCAUUGACUGUUUGGUUUCCUCUCCGUUAAAAUAGGUGCUUCAGUCUAGGGCACAUUCUUGAGUGCAAGACGCGUGGUUUCUUACGCACCUGAUGAAAGUCAAGCAAUAAUUAAGGGUCUUUUUAAAGGCUACUUCACUUUGAAAUACUCCUUUCUAAAGCUUAGCGGAGGAAUGCUAGUUUUUUAUAUGAAUCCUCCUCCAAGGGUCUUGGACUUAAUUAUGCUGUGGUUGCUCUUACUUAGUAGUUCAGCUAUGAAUGUUGAAAUUAGUUUUCCAAACCGUGUCCAUUUGUGACACUGCCAGUUUAUAUGUAGGUAGUUGAAGUUGCUUCUUGUUGCUGUUUUUAUUACUUACCUCUUUGUUUUUUUCAUAACACUGGGCAUCCAAUAACCUUUUCCCGAUCAGAUGGCCAGUCAUGUAGUCCUAUUAGUAUACUUGUAUUCCUCUGAUUUUAGGAUUAGUAUCCAUACAGACUCGAUGUAUCCAUCCUCGCCACUCAGAAUUGUCUCAUAUUCUAUGGAAUUUCUUAGUAUAGUACUAUUCCCUCCUCUAACCUAAUCGGUACUUCAUGUGUAGUUUAUAUCCAGGUAUUGCAGUAUCUUUUAUUUUUUUUUAUGCCUACUGUUAUUCUGAAUGUUCUUGUUAUCCAUAUAAAUAUCCAAGCCUUUUCUGAAUGGUGCUAAGCUCUUGGCUUCAUUGAUAUCUUGUUGCAAAACUUCACCAGUUUUUUCCCCAGUAAUGGGGGGAGUGGAGUUCAGAUGUUUAGAUGGGGACUCCUCUGCCAAGCUGAGGAGACUCCUCUCGGAGCAGUGUAAUCUCUAUUUCCUAUCCAGAUGCUGCUACUGAGCUCUGUUCCUUCUGGUGUUUCGUCUGAUGAUAGAUCAAAAUUCUUUUCCUAUGAGUUGGAUUUAAAUAAAUGUAAAGGAUUGCACUAUGCUGAUGCCUUUUAUUUGAAGUCUGUUUUUAACUCUUAUUAGAGAGACAAAGUGGGUUAGGUGUUUGUUGGUGUUUGUUUAUCUUUAUUGGGCCAACUUCUGUUGGAGAAAGACAAGCUUUCAAACUUACGCAGAGCUUUUCUUCAGGUCUGGUCUUAUGGCCAACUUAAUUUUCUGCAAUACUUAAACUAUAGUAGUUUGUAUCUUAAUUCUUCCAAGAAUAAAUAUUGAGACAGAUUAAAAAAAAUCUGUAAUAAUUAAUCUUGUGGUCACUAAUCUUAUUUGCGGAGAAUUGUAUUCUUGAAAGGACAUAUUCUUUUGUACUGUUCUUUCACUGUUAUAAAGUUGUACGUUUAUUACUGACUUAGAAAAGUUAUCUUCCUAAGUUGAACCUUAAUUCUGCCUUCAUUCAAAAUGGCAUCAUAGUAAUCUGAAGAAUGAUGGUAAUGUUAAGCUUGUAAUCAGUGUGUUAAUUCUCACCCACGCCUUUUGUUACUGAUAGUGCAGUUUCUUGUACAAGUCUGGAUAAACAUUACUGGAGAACAUUUUUAAAAGUAUAAUCCUUGUUCUGCCAGUGUGGUAACUUUUUCCUUCUGGAAUCGGUGUUUUUUGAGUAUUUAAACUGGUUUUAUUAGUAAUUUGUAAAACAAUGCAAUGAUUUUUUUAAAUUUGAAAAUCAAAGGAUAUAAUUAAUCUUAAUACAGUUGACAUAGUAAACAUACAGUGUAAAUAUCUGAAUGUCUGUUCACUUGAGUAAUGCAUUGUAAAGCUUAAAUGGGCCUCUGCCAAUUUGAAAUCUAAUCAUCUUCAAAAAAGUUGAAAAGGUUUUGCAUUACAGUUGAGUUCCCUUGACAAUAUUUUGGAUUUACAAUUACAUUUUCCUAUAAUUUAAAACAAAUCCUUCCUCUGUGCUAUGUGAAAUAUGCUCCCAAGCAGCAGAAACUAUGACUCUGAUAAACACAUAGUGCUGUCAAAUAUACAAAGUAAACAAACCGUUUUCCCUCUGAUCUGCUUAGCUUUGCAGGUCGCCUUGAAUGCAUUAUUCUGCUGCCCCUCUUCAGUGGCUCCCAGUUAAAUGUAGAACCCAGUUCAAGGUGUCUGCUCUGAUAUUCAGAGCCCCCUAUGAAGUUGGCCCUGGAUACCUUAGAAAUAGUGUGAUUAGUUUAUAGGAAAUUCUCACGCUCCAUGACCAUGAGUUCCCACAACUGACACCUCCUCAUCUGUUGUUGGGAGUGGACUACAUCCACCCUGAUCGAAUUGGCCCUGUCAACACUGGUUCUCCACUUGUGAGGUUGUUGUUUCCCGUGUCUUGCACCUUUUUCCUGAAGGGAGGAAAUGAUCUUAGGAGAACUUGUUUCAAAUUGAUCACUGAUACGGAGUCUUCAAGGUCCAGAAACUUGCAGUGGGGGAAAAAAUUAAUCUCUUUGAAGGUUUUUUGAAGAUUGUCUUAUUAAAAGGGGAAAAAAAUGACGACUUCGUCUAUUAGACGGCAAAUGAAAAACAUUGUGAACAAUUAUUCAGAGGCUGAAAUAAAAGUUCGGGAAGCAACUUCCAAUGACCCCUGGGGUCCUUCUAGUUCCUUAAUGACUGAAAUAGCAGAUCUGACUUACAAUGUGGUAGCCUUUUCUGAAAUUAUGAGCAUGAUCUGGAAACGGCUGAAUGACCAUGGCAAAAACUGGCGGCAUGUGUAUAAGGCCCUUACUCUGUUAGAUUACCUGAUUAAAACUGGCUCUGAGAGGGUGGCACAGCAGUGUAAAGAGAACAUUUUUGCUAUUCAAACACUGAAGGACUUCCAGUAUAUCGAUCGAGAUGGUAAGGACCAGGGCAUCAAUGUACGGGAGAAGUCCAAGCAGCUGGUCUCUCUUCUGAAGGAUGAUGAGCGACUCAAGACAGAGAGGGCCCAAGCCCUAAAGACCAAAGAGCGUAUGGCUCAGGUGGCCACUGGAGUUGGUAGUAACCAGAUCACAUUUGGCCGAGGUUCCAGUCAGCCUAAUCUAUCCACUAGCUAUUCAGAGCAAGAAUAUGGCAAAUCUGGAGGCUCUCCUGCAUCUUACCAUGGCUCUACAUCCCCUCGAGUUUCUUCAGAGCUAGAGCAAGCACGACCUCAGACAAGUGGAGAGGAAGAGCUCCAACUGCAGCUUGCAUUAGCAAUGAGCAGAGAAGUUGCGGAGCAGGUGGGGAGCUGUGUGAAGCAACAGCCAUUUUGGACGAGGGCAGCUGUGGCUUCAGACCGAUUGAGAGAGGAGCGCCUCCGACGCGGAGAUGAUCUGAGAUUACAGAUGGCUCUGGAGGAGAGUCGCAGAGACACAAUUAAAAUUCCCAAAAAGAAGGAGCAUACAACUUUGUUGGAUCUCAUGGAUGCACUGCCCUCAUCAGCACCAGCCCCUCAGAAAACCGAAACCUGGGGACCCACAGCUGGAGCGAACCAAACAGACCCCUGGGGAGGCUCUGCAGCUACAGCUACCACCUCUGACCCAUGGCAAUCAUUUGGUGCCAAGCUAGCUACUUCUGUUGAUCCAUGGGGAGCGCCAACUGGAUCCACUACUCAGUCUCUCUCCAAAAAUGUAGACCCUUGGGCUCCUUCUCAGUCAUCCUCUGUAGCAACAAAAGCUACUGUAGAUCCGUGGGGACCAGCAGCUGCAAACAAACCUAUUUCCACUUCUGGAAGCACGUCGUUUGGCCUUUUCAGUAAUUUGAAUGGUGCAGGGAAAGAUGACUUUUCUGAAUUUGACAACCUUCGGAAUUCCAAAAAGACAGCUGAGUCGGGUUCCACUUUGUCAUCCCAGCAUAGUGGUACAACAAGUCCUGAUCUCUUUGAUUCUCAGCCCACGAACAUGACAUCAAGCAAACAAAGUGCAGCUCGGAAAACCCCCGAAUCUUUCUUGGGGCCCAAUGCAGCUUUGGUGAAUCUGGAUUCGUUGGUGUCUAAGCCGCCACAACCAGUUCCAUCAUUGAAUCCAUUCUUAGCUCCAGGGACAGUUACAGCACCAACUCCAAUCAACCCCUUCCAAGUGAAUCAGCCCCAGCCCCUCACACUAAAUCAGAUGAGAGCAAGUCCCGUGAUGGGCACGAGUCCUUCUUUUAAUGCUGUGCCAGCAAUGAGCAUGGAGCCAAUACCUCUGUCUUCCAUGGCACCGGUGGCUGUGGGAAUGGCGCCGUUACCAGCUAUGGGCACCAUGGCAUCUAUCACUCGAAUGGGCCAGGGGAUGAACAUGAGCAUUGCAGGAUCAAUGACCCAGCCUCUUCAUAGUACGGGAAUCCCUCCAUCGGCAUCCCAGCCCACAAAUACAACUAACCCUUUCCUCCUAUAAAAACCCAAUCGAAGGAACUUUCUUUUCAUAAUGUUUCCAAGCUGAAGUCUUUGGGGAAAAACGAACAGGAUCUGCUUGGACUGAAUGGCGUGUAAGCGACUUGGAAGUAGAUUUGCAGUUUACAGUUACGAACUUUGAAGAGUUGUCUAUACUUACCAGUUAAUCUAAAUCUAGUCUUUGCUACAGACGGUACCUUACUUUGGCUUGUUGAGCAUUACAUGAAAUGUUCAGACUUUUCACCAAAGUUAGAUUAUGCCCAUUUUGUUACUUUAACCAUUUCAAUACACUUUCUAGGGAGAACCUGCCAUUUUAAACUCCAUUUGCUAUUUUGUAGAUGUCAGAUAAUGUGCUGGAUCCUAAAAUUACUAUUACCUACAUCUAUCAUUUCCCAUGUUCAUAUGAUAGACCUGAGACUCGGAGUGCUAGUGAAUGUUUUUGCACAUAACUAUAUACAGUUCUAGACUGUUGGUUCACCCAUAGUCCUUAUUCUUAGAAGAGGGCCCAGAAGUCUGGUUUUACGCAUUAAACAUUGCAACACAAAAUCUCACCGCUUUCUUAUCGGCAGUUUGACUGAGAAAGCAAGCUUGUCUCGAAAGGAAAAAAAAAAAAAGCUGAAGAAAAUUCUCAAGUUGUCAAGUAUAACGUGUGCUGUUGUAUGCAGUGUUGAAUUGUACACUACUAUCUAAGGACUAUAAAGGAACUUCCCGUGAGUGGCAUGCUGCACUCGUGCUAAAUGAGUGUUCUGCUCUGUGCUUGUCCAGUAGUGACUUCGUUUGGAAGUGAUUGUGUGUAUUUUAUUUUUAUUUGACUUACAAUGUGAGAUGAAAGAAAAACAAAAUACAUCGGGACAACUUUGAAUUCAGUUUCGUUGGGGCAAGCUUUAAAACUAAUUCAGGCUUAACCUUGCUAUAUGCAGUUACUCUUGUAUACUUUUGCACAUAUUUUGUUUUUAGUACAGUUUCAUAUUUGAGUCUGCAGAAUAACCGAAUAGUCUUUUUUUUUUCUAAUUUUUAUAAUGUGGUUCUUAUUUAACUGUCUAGGUUUGAUAGACUUUUAUCAGGUCAGGCUGAAAAAUUAAGAUAUUGGCCAAUGUCAUUUUUAUGGGUUAAUGCCCUCCUUUUAUUUAUGGUUUUAGCUCUUUGUUUCUGUAAAGAAAAUGUAAAAGGGAAGAUUAACACUAAAAUAUUUUAUUUUUGAAUUAAGACUUUAUAAUGACAUUUAAAACAAAUUCUCAUGACUAAUUACUUUUUAGAGGAAAUGAAUUUGAACAUAUUACUUAAGACUACGUUUAGAAAACACUAAUGCUGCCUUUCCUUUAAUUCACUCCCCAUUUUCUCACGAUUACCAAAAUGGACAAACUUCUAGCCUCUUUAAGAUAAUCAUGAGGCUGUUUUCCCUGUUGUAAUCGUGACUUCUUGACAUUUUAAAAAUUCUAAGUCUAUGAAAGUGACUCAUGAAUCUGACCAGCUGAUGUUUUUAACUAACGGUGCACUCCAUGCCAAUGGCUGGUUCCAUUGACAACUGUUAACUUUGAACGAUAGAGUUUUAACUCGCAUGUCUUGGAUUCAUCAGCACUAAACGGUGCGCAGGUUUCAGUCAGCGUUACUGGCAUAAACCUGGCCUUCUCUAAGAUGGCAACAUUUUAAAAGCUCUCUUUUCACAUGGUAUGCAAACAUACACCGGGCACAUUUAGGGGAAUGUCCUAGAGCUUGUAACUUCAAUUGGGGCAUCUCUGCCUAUGAACUGUUGUACUUUUUGGUGGCCUUUCCCUGGAUUACAAAAAAGCUGAAACAAAUUAAUGGCAGAACUCCACUUUCUGGUGUAAUUAUACUAUGUGGAUUGUAAUAGCCCACAUUAGUGUGCCAUAUAAAGGAAGGACUGACUGGUGUGAAAGGAACUGGAUUUGUAUACUUUUGCCAGAGUAAAACUGGCUCAAAAACCAUCGUAACCAGCGUACAGUCACACAUUUUAGAUGUGUAGGUUGGAGUAGAUCUCAGUGUAUGGAAAGCUGAAUGCAUGGGUAUUUCUAUGCAGAUUGUUCUAUCCUCUUGUUGCUAUUGGGUUUACAAGUAGGUUUCAGAAUAUUAACCUGCUCAUAUUUUAUGUAGGAGGAAAAAUGACUGUCCACUCCCAGAAAGUCUUCAAAAACAAAUCGUCCGUGUUGUCUUUCAAAAUAAGGAAAAAGACUUUUUGGACGUUAUUAAUCAGUAUAGGCCGGGAAGGGCAUAAUUCUUGCUAGCAGUAGGAACUCUUAUGGGUUGUGAUAUAAGCAAAUGGAAAAAAAAAAAUUUCCAAUUGGUCUAGGCAAGAUUUACUCCAUGUUGUUUUCAGUUUAAUUUUCUCAGCUAUGGAGUUAGUUCAUUUGAUAUUUUCCCAGGCUUUCGGUCAGUCAGUUGCUUGUAUGUGCCAAGUGUAGAUGAGGGCAGCAUCCAUUCAGUCAACAGGUUCUGACUGCAACCUCUGAAAGACUUUAGAUAGGUUCGUUUUGAGGCAGGAUGGACCUGGUCAUAUUUGUAAUUCUUUUAAAAUCAUCUGCAGCUCAGAGUAAUGAGCUACCCUCCUGGAGUGAUAAAAAUCUACUAUGGACCUGGUAGGGAACUUACAUGCCCUGGUUGAAUAAAGCUGCCGAGUGGCAAAUUGUGGCUUUUACCAGCCCGCUUUUGUAGGAGCGAUACGACUUUUUACAUACAUUGCACAAUACACCGUGGCCAGGCACACCGUCUGAGCAGUGAUAAGCACGUCUCAUGGUGCUGCAGAGCCCUCAGCCAAGGAAGUUAACGACCUUAAGAUCCCCAGCCUGAAGUGUGUGUUGGGAUACGAAAUCAAAUAAAAAUGAGACCACGCAGGUGGUUUGGUAAAUAUCUUUUUGUUUCUUCGAUAGUAGGCAUACCUGUGUCUGCAAAGAUCUCAUGCAUACUGGUGGCUAUAAACAGCGAUGAAAGGUUGUUUUUGCCCUAGCCAAUCAAAGCAUCGGUUGUGUCCAGAAUGUUAAAUCCAUUUCAUGGUCACAUUCUGAAUAGUGGUUAAACUGAUUUUCUUUCUUUCUUUCUUUAUUUUUUUGAUGGAGCACAUCAUGUGUACCUGAUCUCAUUCACACUCUCAUUUCUCCAGACACCCCUCCCCCCCCCCGAUAAUACGGUGCUUUUGAUUUAAACUGUUAGUAUCCCAGAAUAGCCUUACUGGUCAAAUUGACCAAAGAUAAAUAGUGUUAAUUAUUUUGUAAAAGCAUCUUGGUAUAAUUUUAAGCCCAAAAAUAAGCUCAGUUAUUUAUUCAGUUUUAUACUAUGUAAAAACUAAAAUGUCUUGAGGGGACCGGGAAGGGAGACCAUAGUGGGUUGUGCUGUUUACAGUCUCUUUGAAGUCCCAUAGCUAAGACCGCUUUUGUUAUCAAUCUUCCCUUUACUGUUGCCGUUUCUAAUGUGUACUGUAUGUAUUAAUAUUGCACAAAUUGUGGAGAAAUAUACAGUUUAUUUUUCACAGCAGAAUCUCACAAAACUCGCUUCCUUUACAAGUGUUACAAUUGAAAUAUUUACCAAACUGGUUUCAUAAUACUGGGAGCAGGCUGCUUUUUUGAAUUUGUGCUGACUAUUGACAUUAUUUACUGUAUAAAUAUAAUUUAUCGUUUGUACUAUUGCACCAUAAUGUUCCGUAUCUUUGUGUCAUUUUUUUCCCUAGCAAUGUCACACAAAUGUGAUAUUUAACAAUGCCAUGAGAACAGUGGAAAGACAAGGGGUUGUAGGCGACGGGUCAGAAUUAAAAUUGUAUUGCUUAUA